CAUUCAAUUAAAUUGUAUGAUUUAUUAUUAGAUGCAUUCUAAUCUGUUACAUACAUGUAACAAUUGAAGCUUAUGAUAGGAGGUAUUUAGGAAAUUUAUUCUGAUUUAUCUUAAAUCUAUGGUUACGUUAUCUGUUUAACCUUAAAUUGUGAAUGUCGAUCGAUAUAAAUAUUGUAAAAUUAGUGAUAAAACUGCCACUCAAGAAUUUAAACUGUGCGAGUGAUCAACUGAAGGUUUUUCGUUAAUUGUGAUUUAUAACUCUCGUUAGCGGUUCAAUUGCACCGAUAAUCAAAAUGAAGCCCAAAUACCGUAUACUAAUUUCAGCAGUGGACGCAUUUGGUCACAUCAAUUGUACUCUUGGAUUUGGCGAGAUUCUAGCUGAAGCUGGACAUGAAGUGACUUUCGCUCAUCGAAUACGAUACAAAAAACUGGCUGAUCUAAGAGGUUUCAAGUUUAUUCCUUUGGAUGAAUCAAUUUUUGACGAACUAUCUAAUCAGCCUUUCUUGCUAUGGACCGAAAAAAAUAUGAACAAAUUUCGUGACGAUCCUAUUGGCCGAUAUUCGAAUUGGACAGACGAAGAUAAAGAAAUGUUUGCCUCGGUAGUUGAUGAUUAUAAGAUUACUAAUAAAGCCAUGGAAAAACUUAUCAAUGAAAAUAAAGAUUCGUUUGAUAUAUUGAUAGGUGAUUUUGUUACUCGUUAUCCAGCAUUAUAUUUAUCUCCAAUACCAUAUAUACCAAUAUUUUCCAUGAAUCCACUGUCUCUUUAUCCCCACGGUCCACCAAUGUUUUCAGGUUUCUCUGUGAAUGGUGAUCCUAAUGAGAGCGAAAAAUACAGGCAUGUUUACCAAUCUUCAUGUGCACGAUUAAGAGAAAAACUUGAGAUAUGGUGGAAAUCGCAUGAUGUACCAAAAAUACCAGGAACUAACUGGUAUGCUGAUGUUCCGAAAUAUUUCGGUUUCUAUCAUUAUCCCGAAGAACUUGAUUAUCACGAAUGUGAACCUAAGGAACCCGAAGAUAAAUGGAUUCUUGUUGAUGCAUUGAUCCGUAAACCAGAUGAUGAGAGUGAAUUUAUUAUACCAGAAUCGAUCGCAUCAUUGCCAGGGAAAUUAAUCUACUUUUCUCUUGGAUCAUUGGGGUCAGUUGAUGUCGACUUGAUGAGAAAAUUGAUUUCGAUUCUAUCAAAAUCUCCUAAUCGUUUCAUUGUAUCAAAAGGACCAAGAGGUGAUGAGAUUGAACUGGCAAAUAAUAUGUGGGGUGCCAACUAUGUUAACCAGAUCGCAAUUGUUAAAUUGGUUGAUUUGGUGAUCACUCAUGGUGGAAAUAAUACUUUUCUUGAAACAAUUUAUUCUGGAAAACCGUUGAUUGUGAUUCCUUACUUUUUCGAUCAAUUCGAUAAUGCACAACGUGUCGUUGAUUGCGGAAUAGGAAGACGAUUAAAUCCUUGGGACUUGGAUGAGAAAAAUGUCCUUGCCACAAUAGAAGAGACAUUAAAUAAUCAUGAAAUGAGCAAGAAGAUUGAAGAGAUCGCUGCAUCAAUGAGAUCUAAUAAAACUCGAGAAAAAGCAGUCAAGAUAAUAGAAGAUUUCAUAGAAAAAAUUAAACAGUCAUAAUAACCUAAAUAUCCAUUGAUAAUAAUCAGACAACAUAAGAAAUUGGAGUUAAAACAAAUGUAACACAACCUUGUUAAUUAGCCGAUACUAUGUAACCAUGGCACUUAAAUCACAAUUUUAAAUAAACUGCAAUGUGUUAAAGGACAUCAA